AUGGGUAUGCUACCGAAGUGCAGCAGUGGAAGCGGUCAAAUGAGGUACUACUUCAAUGUGGCGCUACAGACAUGCUCUCCGUAUUCCUCAAACGGAUGUGAUACGUCGCUGAACUCAUUCAAAACAAUAGUCGAAUGUGAGGAGUUCUGUCAGAGUGCCGGAUGUAAAGCGGGAGACACUGUGUAUAAGGAUCCCAACACCAAUCGGCCGUUUUUGUGCAAUACCGGCUUGCACAACAAUUGUCCGACAAACUACGAAUGCACUCUGAACACACUUACUCAAGAACACGUAUGUUGUGGAUCCGACAGCAUG